AUGGACAAUCGAACAUUCGUGUCGGAUUCUCUCCUCCGCCUUACCAAUGUUUCCGACCCCACCGUCGUUGACUUUGUGCUCGCCACUGCCAGCUCAGCCAAGUCAGCGAAUUCAUUACAAGAGAAGCUCGUUCCUUUCUUGGAUGGAAGCACAGAAGAUAUUAAUGCGUUUUGUGGGGAACUCGGGCCCAGCAGCAAUGCUCAGCAAGAGCGCAGUGAUACCGCGCCGAAAAAGAAGUACCGAUUGAUUCAAAUGGAAGAUGACAAUCCAGACUCCACAAGCUCUUUAGGGCCCACGAACAUCGAAACAGAAAGGGAGAGGCGCAAACGCAAGGACAAGGAUCGCAACCGAACAAAGGAGGAACCCGGGGGGCACAAUCGCUGGGAAAAGGAAGAAAACAGGAAGCGCGGACGGAGCCAGGAAGAGAGCCGGGAUCGCCAUCGGUCCAGGAAGCUGCGACGACGAGAUAAAGGGGAUUUCGAUGAUCGCUGGGAAGAUGAGCAAAGCGGCGAUGAUGGAUCUGCGUCGCCCCGGUCGACCGACUCUGCAGACCUGGACCCAGAUACAAAGAAGGAAAUUGAGCGACGGCGGGACAUAGAAGAACGAGACGAGUUCGCGAAGCGGUUGGCCAAGAAGGAUGACAGCAAGAAUAAGAACAUCGUCGAAGACCGGACUAGAAAUAACGAUGCUUCCGCUAGAGCUGCCGCUAUGCCAGAACUGAGAAUGCGCUCUCGGCAAGAGUAUCUCAAGAAGCGAGAGACAGAACGACUAGCCCUCCUGCGCAGACAGGUCGCGGAAGAAGCGGCGGAGUUGCGUGAUAACCCCAAUUUGACACGGAGAGAGAAAGAGGAGUUUGCUAGAAAUCGUGAAGUACUUCGUAUUGCUGAGGAGCGGCUACGGAUCGAUGAUUACCGCGAUGGGUAUAUGAUGCCAGAUGACUAUAUUACAGAGAAGGGAAAGAUUGAUCGAAGGAAGAAAGAAGACGCUCUCUACAAGCGCUAUGUGGAUCGCGACGAAUAUGGACAAGAGCGGUUUAUUACUGAGCAUGAGGAGUGGGAGAUGGAGCAGACGGCCAAGGCAAAGGCGCAAAUCAACAGGGCAGAGUUCGUAGACGAAGGUGACUACGAGUAUGUUUUUGACGACUCGCAAAAGAUCAACUUCGUCAUGGAUGCCAAGAUGGAAGGGACUCGGAAGGCUAUGUCCCAGGAGCAACGUAUUUUUCAAGAAAAGCUCGACGCUGCCGAGAAGAAGGCGGCAUCGAUAGAGGAUACGCGGAAAAGUCUGCCCAUCUAUCAAUUUCGGGAGGAGAUCAUCCAAGCAGUCCACGAUCACCAAGUUUUAAUAAUUGUCGGCGAGACAGGUUCUGGUAAAACGACCCAGAUCCCGCAGUACCUUCAUGAAGCCGGUUUCACAAAGAAUGGGAUGAAGGUUGGUUGUACGCAACCUCGAAGAGUCGCUGCCAUGAGCGUUGCGUCUCGAGUAGCCGAAGAAAUGGGAGUGAAGUUGGGCAAUGAGGUCGGUUACGCCAUUCGUUUCGAAGACAACACAAGCGAUAAAACAGUGCUCAAGUAUAUGACGGAUGACUUGGGCCAGUACUCAGCGUUGAUGAUCGACGAGGCGCACGAGCGGACUGUGCCUACGGACAUUGCCUGUGGUCUGUUGAAGGAUAUUGCCAAGGCACGGCCAGAUCUGAAACUGUUGAUUUCCUCUGCAACAAUGGAUGCACAGAAGUUCCAGCAAUACUUUGACGACGCACCUAUCUUUAAUAUCCCAGGGCGACGUUAUCCCGUCGAUAUCCACUAUACAUCACAGCCAGAGGCGAACUACCUAGCCGCAGCAAUCACAACUGUUUUCCAGAUCCAUGUCACACAAGGCCCUGGAGAUAUCCUUGUGUUCUUAACUGGCCAGGAGGAGAUCGAGGCGGCUGAACAGAGCCUGCAGGAGACUGCGCGGAAAUUGGGGAGCAAGAUACCAGAAAUGAUAAUAUGCCCUAUCUAUGCCAAUCUACCAUCAGAGUUACAAACUAAAAUUUUUGAGCCGACGCCGCCGAAGGCACGGAAAGUCGUACUCGCUACGAACAUUGCCGAGACUAGUUUGACUAUUGACGGUAUUGUCUAUGUGAUCGAUCCAGGUUUUGUUAAGGAAAAUGUCUUCAAUCCCCGAACUGGAAUGGAAAGUUUGGUAGUAACACCGUGCUCACGUGCGUCUGCCAACCAGAGAGCCGGUCGAGCCGGUCGAGUUGGUCCAGGGAAAUGUUUCCGUCUCUACACGAAAUGGGCUUACUAUAAUGAGUUGGAGGAAAGCACAACCCCUGAAAUUCAGCGUACAAAUCUCAGUAGCGUCAUCCUGAUGCUCAAGUCACUAGGGAUUGAUCAGUUACUCGACUUCGACUUUAUGGACCCUCCGCCGGCCGAGACAAUUAUUAGAGCAUUGGAGCAGCUUUAUGCUUUAGGUGCAUUGAAUGAUAGAGGCGAACUGACAAAGGUUGGAAGGCAAAUGGCGGAGUUUCCGACAGACCCCAUGCUGGCCAAGGCGAUCUUGGCGGCGGACAAAUAUGGCUGUGUGGAGGAGGUACUUUCCAUUGUGUCAAUGUUAGGGGAGGCCAGCGCUUUAUUCUUCCGGCCCAAGGACAAGAAGAUACACGCGGAUAGUGCACGCAAUCGGUUUACGAUCAAGGAUGGCGGUGAUCAUCUGACAUUACUCAACAUCUGGAAUCAAUGGGUGGAUUCCGACUUCAGCUAUGUGUGGGCGAAGGAAAACUUCCUGCAGCAACGCAGUUUGACUCGGGCACGCGAUGUACGCGAUCAACUGGCGAAGUUGUGUGAUCGAGUCGAGGUCACUGUCAAUACAUGUGGAUCGAACAACCUGCAACCGAUUCAGAAAGCCAUCACGGCUGGGUUCUUCCCGAACGCAGCGCGCCUGCAACGCGGUGGCGAUAGUUACCGGACGGUGAAGAAUGGGCAAACAGUAUACUUGCACCCUUCAAGCACGCUGUUCGAAGUCAAUCCCCGGUGGGUAAUAUAUUUCGAACUCGUGCUGACGAGCAAAGAAUACAUGCGGAGCAAUAUGCCACUCCAGGCCGAGUGGUUAGUGGAAGUCGCGCCGCACUACUAUAAGAAGAAAGACUUGGAGACAUUGGGGCUCGAACGGAAAAUGAAAGGACAAGGAGCGGCAGGCGAGAAGAGUCGAGACUAA